AAAAACGACUAAAUUUGGUAAACUGUCGGCUUCCCAGGUAGGACCAGGCUCCGAGCAGCCUUAUUUCAACUUUAGCAUGUCAUUGCAACCGUUUGCUGCCUUUGCGCCUCCUCCACUUCCUCCAGGAUGGACAGAGCACCCAGGACCCGGAGGUCAGUUAUAUUAUUACAAUGUACAAACCAAGGAAUCCACCUACAUACGACCGCUCCCCUCUUUCCAAAACAUCCCGCCUGUACAGCCUCCGAAAAAGAAGGAAAGACCGUUGACAAAGACCCAGAUACCUGAUACCGAUUGGAUCCGAGUGAAGACAACAGAAGGGAAUGUGUUCUACUCUCACAAAGUCAAGAAACAAAGUAUAUGGUCGGUCCCAGAUGAGAUCAAAGAUGCAGUAGCACAGCUGGAAUUGAAUGAAAAGAAGGCUGGGGAAGGAGAACAUCUUAUGCAGGCUGAAGAGAUGCUGGAGGUAGAGAGGGUGAAGGCUGAGAUUAAGGAUACGGCCAAACGGAAAGCGGGAGAAACAGAAGACACACAUCUUGAUGAAGUUGUUAUAACGAAGAAAAUAAGAAUCGAGGAAGCUCCGGAAGACGAAGAUGAAGAGGAUGAAAGUGAAGAGGAAGAAGAAUGGCAACGAGAGGCUGCUGCUCAGCUGGCUGCAGAGGCGGAGGAGGAGAAAAAACGCGCCGAAGAGGAGGCUCGACAAGAAGCCGAGGCGGAGCUCAAACGGGCAAAGGAGGCACAAAUAGUUAUGCCUGAAAAGGUGGAUCUCUCGAUUGAAGAAGCGAAAGCGCUUUUCAAGACAUUACUUCGGGAAAAAGAUAUCAAUCCACUGUAUCCUUGGGACACAUCUUUACCAAAAUUUGUUUCGGACCCGAGAUAUGUCCUACUUCCGUCUGUCUCUGCUCGCCGGGAAGCUUUUGAUGAAUAUUGUCGGGAUCGCGCCCGGGAACUUCGCCGUAAUGCGGUAAAUAAAGAGUCGCGCACGCCUAAAGAAGAGUUUGACUCUCUCUUGAACGCUGAAGUCAAAAGCACACGGACAAGCUGGACUGAUUUUCGUCGGACGUGGAAGAAGGACAGACGAUUCUAUGGUUGGGGCAGAGAUGACCGCGAACGUGAGAAGGCAUUCAGAGACUUCAUUCGAGACCUGGGGGAAAGUACAUAUGUUUCGUGUUGCACAGAUUUUUACGCUUGUGCUCAUCCUUAUAAAUCAGAAAAGAAGGCCGCGGCACAGAAAGCAGAAGCAGAUUUCCUUGCUUUGCUCAAAGAGCACGCUGAUAUCAAGGAAGGUUGCGUCUGGAAAGAAAUCAAGAAAGAUCUCGUCAAAGACCCCCGGUACGAUGCAGUCGGUUCGUCCUCAUUGCGGGAGGAGCUGUUCAACACAUUUGUCAAAGCAAAACUCGGCAGUCCUUCAGUUGCAAAUACAGACUCAACGGAUCAGAAAUACAACGAAAUAUCCAGAUCAGAAAGCAAGAGGGAGAAGAAGGUGCGUGCUGUGAAGGAAAGGGAAGAAAAAGUCCGCCUUGAGCGAGAAAAAGUCGAAGCAAACACCAGGAAAUCCAGGAUGGAGUUGAACAAGGAAGAAGGGGAACGAGAAUUCAAUACACUACUUCUAGACGCCAUACGCGAUCCACAGAUAUCUUGGCCAAACGCACUCCCCCAACUUCAGACCGACCCUCGAUUCAAUGAUACUCCUCUUCCCUUAAAUCAGCAACUCCAUCUCUUCCAUGAACAUAUUUCGAAAUUACGCUCUAAACAUCUUGCGAGUCUACAUGUCCUAUUCGACUCGCAUGCGCCAUCGCUAGCAACAACCUUUGAUCAUCUGCCAGUCUCUUCACUGAUGUCCUCGACUCCAACGUCCAAGUUGGGGAUGAGUGAGAGAGCACUACAGCAAGAGUUUGAAAAGUGGCAGCGGGAGCGGACGCAUGCUUCGCGGAAGGCAUUUGACCAGAUGUUGUCCGAGAAUUCGUUUGUGGAAUUUUGGGGUCGUUUAGGGAAAAUUGGAGGUGAAGGUGUUGAUGGCGGAGUGAAAGCAGAUGAGGACGAUGCCGAGAGUGAAGGCCUCGGCACGAAGGUGGAUAUGAAAGUUCUAGCCAAGAAUGUUGACGUUGAGGAAAUGGAAAAAGUUCUCCGAAACGACAAGCGUUAUAUCGUAUUUGAUCAUAUUGCGGAACAGCGGGAGCAGUGGAUUAGAGACUAUCUGUCCCAACUCUCUGCACCGAAACUAUCUGUUCACCUUCCAAGUCCCAAUGAAGCUGAUGAGCUUAAACUUAAAGGAAACGACACGACUGUUGACACGGCUGCUUGUUCGGUCAAAAUGCGCUUUCUCAGUACAUUCCUUUUCCUCUCUCCCUUCUUGUCUCUGGGACUCGCUCAGGAUUUUGAUGCUGCGGAAAUUCCGAAGGAAAAGUUCAACUAUCAGAGCGAUGUAGCGCGUAUGCGGAAGAUCGUUAUAAAUAGUCUCUACUCGCACAAGGAAAUCUUUCUUCGUGAACUUAUUUCCAAUGCCAACGACGCUAUUGAAAAGCUCCGGCUUACUGCUUUAAUCGACAAAACCGUCUGGGACGGCACAGACCCUCUCAAUAUCACGAUCAAGGCCGUGAAGAAUGAGGAUGGCAAAGGUGGAAAGCUUAUAAUAACAGACACAGGAAUCGGGAUGGGCCCGGAAGAGCUUACAACGAACUUGGGUACCCUCGCAAAAUCGGGCACUUCCGACUUCCUUGCUCGGGCUGAAGGUGCAGAAGGAGCCGCAACUGGAAAUCUCAUUGGAGCAUUUGGACUUGGCUUCUACAGUAGUUUUCUCGUUGCAGACAAGGUCCAUGUCGCGUCUGUACCUGCGAAAUCGGAGAAAUACCCUGAGCCUGCCCAGUAUGUCUUCAGCUCAUCAUCUGAAGAUAGUUCCUUCGAAAUAUUCCCUGACCCUCGGGGAAACACUCUUGGUCGUGGAACAGAAAUCACAUUGGAGCUCAAAGAUGAUUCUUCAGAGUAUCUUGAGAACCAGGAAAUUACUGCGUUGGUGUCGAAACACUCUUCGUUCUCUACAUCGUUCCCUAUAUACCUAUUCACUCAGAGGACCGAUGAAGUUCCCGAUGAGGAUGUGAUUCUAGAAGAAACUCAAUCCGCAGAGUCUGUACCCAAACCCACCAGCGACACGGACGAUGCCGAUGCCGAUGAUACCGACGAAGCUGUCAUCGAGGAUGUUUCUGAAGAAGAACAAACACCGGCUCCUCCAAAAAUGAAGUCUAUAACAGUUGACGAAUGGGUACGCCUGAAUGGCCAACCUCCCAUCUGGACUCGUGACCCUAAGGAGGUUACUGAUGAGGAAUACACUCUGUUCUACAACGCGUUCUUUAAGGACUUUUCACCUCCGAUGACAUGGACUCAUUUUUCUGGAGAUUCGGGGUCCGGUGUAUCGUUCAAAGCAAUUGUCUUCCUUCCAGAUAAAAUUGAGGAUUCCUACUGGCAACAGCCGCUACUCUCUCAGUCAAAAGACAUCAAGCUCAUGGUCAAGCGUGUAUUUAUAACCAACGAUCUCGGGGAGGAUGCGUUACCGAAAUGGGCCAGCUGGGUUAAGGUAGUGGUAGAUGCGGAGGACCUGCCUUUGAAUGUCUCUCGAGAAACACUUCAAUCUACGGCGUUCCUAAGACAGCUGAAGUCCAUCAUCCUCAAGCGUAUCAUCCAGCUUUUCAACAAAAUGGCUGACUUGGAAACCGAAGAUAGUGAAAAAUUCGAAAAAUUCUACGAGAUCUUUGGUGGAAUCCUAAAGCUCGGAGCCGUCGAAGAUCAAAAGAACAGGGAAAAAUUGGCCGCCAUAACGAGAUUCACUACCAACCACCGAAAUUUCACUACCCUCGACCAGUAUCUCGAAAACAGAAAGCAAGGCCAGAAGCAGAUUUUUUACUUGGCAGAGAUGGGCGAGAAUCCUCAGGAACUCGCAAAGAGUGUUUUUGUGGAAAAGCUUCAUGCUCGAGGAUAUGAAGUUCUUUUGUUCACUGAACCCCUGGAUGAAAUAUUUGUUCAAAACAUACGUCGAUGGAAAAACGUACCUUUCCAGGAUAUUGCGAAAGUCGGUCUUAAAUUCGGAGACGAAGACACAGAUGAAGAGGAAGAAAAGGAACAACAGAAAGAGGCCGCGCAGAAGUAUAAGCCUCUGAUGGAAUACCUUCAAAAGCAGGGCCGCGGUGUUGUACGUGAUGUCGUCAUCUCCAAUAGACUUGUUACAAGUCCUGUUGCCAUUGUGGCAGAUAGUUUCGGCUACACUGCUAACGUUCAGCGAAUGAUGGCCUCAAACCCAGGUGCAGGAAAGAAUCCCAUGCACGAUUUCGCUAUGAAAGCCAGAGUACUCGAAAUUAACCCUAGGUCUCCUUUAAUCGAAGGUCUCCUCAAGAAGGUUGAAGCACUCCCCACUGAGGAAGAAGGGAGGGAUGUUGAAGCCGAGGAAGAACUCGAAGAGGUUGCAUCUAUUCUUCUCGAUGGCGCGCUUAUCCGUUCCGGUUUUGAGGUACCGAGUACAAAUGAUUUCUUCGGAAGAGUCGACCGCGUGCUGAGAAGAUCCUUGGGUGUCUCAGAACAUGCACCUACAGACGACACAGUAAAACCUGCUCCUCCUGUGGACCCUGAGCUUCCUGCAUUCGAGGAAUUGUACCAGAUGCCCCCGGAGGACGGAAAGGCAGGAGUAUAUGUUCCCCCACAUAUGCAGGAUGAUCUUUCCAUUGAGAUGGAGGAGAUAGACGAGGAAGGCAAUGUCGUCGCUCCUCGCGAUGAACUGUAGUCCUUGUAGCCUCACGAGAUUGAAUUCAGAAGGAUAUUUUUGGAGUAAUUUAAAUGAACUGGAUUUUGUACUUCGACUUCGUCAACAAGUAAAAUUGAAAU